AGAUACACAAAGUAAAAUAGAAAGCUAGGAGUCUCAUGUUAUUGAACAAUCAUUUUCAUUUGUAAAUUGAAGCUCAAAACAUGUCUGACAAUUUGACCAAAAAGGAAUCUCAACUUUUAGAUACGAUACGUCAACAAUUUCAAGCCGAAGGUGGUGUCUAUGAUGAAAUAAAAUGUCAAUUGCAACAUCGAUUAGUGCAAAUGAUGCGUGGAAAUGAAAAUAAAACCGAUGUUGAUGAUAAAGCAGCUAACAAAAGAAAUCAUAAGAAUGAAAGGAUCGUUUUGGUGAAUCAAUUAAUUAUGGAGUAUUUGCAUUGGUAUCAAUUAAAUUAUUCGGCAGAAAUGUUUGCAAUGGAAACACAAAUGGAUUGUAACAGUUGGAAUUCUUAUGCCAAUCGAGAAUUAAUUGAGGCGGCUUUAGGGAAAUUUCAAGAAAAAGAAAUACCUAUUUUAUUAGAAAUUGUUUUGAAUCUGUGGAAAAAAGAUCAAGAAUCACCAGCUAAACCGACAGUUUCAAAAGCUUCUUUGAAUUAGAGUUGUAGAUUAUUUUGAAGUUUAUUAAAUUAAUUUGAAAUGGUA